UUUACUGCUUUAUUGCAUAGGUGCUUGAAUGCUAAUGCUUGGUGAAUCCCCUCUAUCCUCCACCAGCUAUUGUUGGCUCACACUGAACUUCCUUAAAUCCAUUCUAGAUUUAAAUACAUAGCUACUGCUUAGUUCUUUUUUGUCAUCCCUCUAUCAAUCAGCCAUUUGUCUCGCACUGACUUCCUAAAGAUUAUUCCAGCUUUAGAUAUGUUGAUAACUAUGUUGUUGCAUUAUUCUUUAUCUUGUAAAGAAGAGGAAGUGUGAUUCACAUGUUUGUUUCCAAUAAGAGAGGAUAGAUGUGGAACUUGUUGAUGAGCUUUCGGUAUGCAGCUAAUUGCUUAGUUGCACUUUUCAUUCUCUUGCAAAGAAAAUGAGAGUGACUGUCAGAUGUUUGUUUCCACGGAGAAAACAUAGCUGUGAAUUUUGUUGAUGUAUUCAUGGUUUCAUUGAUGCUUGAUCAUUGUGGUUGGCAUGCUUCCUCUGCGGACACCAUUUUUCCUAAAUAAACAAGCUGAGGUUUUAGAUUUUAUUGCAAAGAGGAAGAUGUUGGUAAUCAGAAGAGAAUAAUAGAACAUUCAUAAAUGAGUAACAAUAUGAGUGUUAUCAUACAUCACUUUAAUGACAACAAGGCCCCUAAAGGCAUCUUUGAUUUAGCUAACCAUCUCUUAUUAUCACUCGGAUUUGUUUCUAAAAGUAAUUUCAGUAUUGUUUCUAAAAUUCUAAGUGAUCGAAGCAUCAUAGGUUUCUUGUCCUAAAAAAUAAAAAAAUUGAUUGGGGAGGGUCGCAAGCCUCUUAAUCACACUAUCAAGAAAUAGAAAAAAUUGCUUGAACUUAGAAACUGACGGGAAGAGGUAUUUCCUGAUUGGAUGACGAGAUUCUUCUUAUGUUGUGCUCAAACGAGGAUUUUUGGCCUUGUUGUGGUAUUGGUAUAUAAACCCUUGCAGAAUUCAAGAAAGACUCGAACAGAUGUAACGGUCACAACAGGUCCCAAUGCUUCUUUCCCCGGACGUUGUUGGUGAAUGCACAAGGAGUAGUUUCUUAGAAAGACUUUGAUAUCAUCCAACUGCUGAUAAAUCUGGCACGCUGAUGGGAGUGUUUAUGCCAUGCUUGCAAAAUAUUUUGGGGAUCAUCUACUACAUUAGAUUUUCGUGGAUUGUUGGUAUGGCAGGCAUUGGCGAGUCAUUGUUGCUGGUUGUGUUCUGUGGAUCAUGUACAUUCCUGACCACAAUAUCAUUAAGUGCUAUUGCAAGCAAUGGUGCCAUGAAGGGUGGUGGCCCUUACUAUCUCAUUGGUCGUGCAUUGGGUCCAGAAGUUGGUGUCAGCAUUGGGCUCUGUUUUUUCCUUGGGAAUGCAAUUGCUGGUGCAAUGUAUGUACUGGGAGCCGUAGAGACUUUUCUAAAUGCUGUACCAAGUGCGGGCAUCUUUAGAGAAACUAUCACACGAGUUAAUGGCACAGAUAUUGCAGAGCCCAUUACAAGUCCAAGUUUGCAUGACCUGCAAAUUUAUGGGAUUGUUGUAUCUAUUCUUCUCUGCUUUGUCGUGUUUGGUGGAGUAAAAAUGAUCAAUCGCGUUGCACCUGCAUUUCUUGUCCCUGUUUUGUUCUCAUUGCUUUGCAUAUUUGUCGGCAUCUUUUCUGCGAGGCAUGAUCAUCCAGCAGUGGGGAUCACAGGGUUGAGUUUGGAAUCUUUCAAAAACAACUGGGGGUCUGCUUAUCAGAUGACUAAUAAUGCUGGAAUUCCAGAUCCCAAUGGCAACAUAUACUGGAAUUUUAAUGCAUUGGUAGGUCUCUUCUUCCCUGCUGUAACUGGGAUCAUGGCAGGUUCAAACCGUUCGGCAUCUCUAAAGGACACUCAACGUGCAAUUCCUGUUGGGACCUUAGCUGCAACUUUGACUACCACCAGUUUAUAUCUGGUUUCCGUGCUACUAUUCGGAGCUGUUGCAACUAGAGAUAAGCUUUUGACUGAUAGGUUAUUAUCUGCUACAGUUGCCUGGCCAUUUCCGGCUAUUGUUUAUGUUGGUAUAAUCCUCUCAACCUUGGGGGCAGCCCUUCAAAGCCUUACUGGCGCUCCACGUCUCCUUGCAGCAAUUGCAAAUGAUGAAAUUCUACCUGUUCUUAACUAUUUUAAAGUGGCAGAUGGACAUGAGCCUCAUGUGGCUACUCUCUUCACUGCCAUCAUCUGCAUUGGUUGUGUUGUAAUCGGGAAUCUAGAUCUUGUCUCACCUACUACAACAAUGUUUUACCUCGUAUGCUAUGCUGGCGUGAACUUAUCCUGCUUCCUUCUGGAUCUGUUAGAUGCUCCCAGCUGGCGACCUCGGUGGAAAUUUCACCACUGGAGCCUCUCUCUUGUUGGAGCAUUACUUUGUAUAGUGACCAUGUUUUUGAUUUCUUGGGCAUUCACCAUUGUAUCACUUGCCCUAGCAAGCCUCAUAUAUUAUUACGUUAGUAUAAAGGGGAAAGCAGGAGACUGGGGUGACGGUUUUAAGAGUGCGUAUUUUCAGCUUGCUCUUCGCAGUUUGCGAUCUUUGGGAGCAAACCAGGUACAUCCGAAAAACUGGUAUCCUAUCCCACUUAUAUUUUGUCGUCCGUGGGGCAAGCUGCCAGAAAAUGUGCCUUGCCAUCCAAAGCUUGCCGACUUUGCCAACUGCAUGAAGAAAAAAGGCAGGGGAAUGUCCAUCUUUGUCUCUAUUAUCGAUGGAGACUACCAUGAACGUGCUGAGGAUGCUAAGGACGCUUGCAAGGAACUAAGUACCUAUAUUGACUACAAGCAAUGUGAAGGUGUAGCUGAGAUUGUUGUUGCCCCAAGCAUGUCUGAAGGCUUUAGAGGCAUUGUUCAGACUAUGGGUCUCGGAAAUCUCAAGCCAAAUAUAAUCGUUAUGCGGUACCCUGAGAUUUGGCGACGUGAAAAUUUGACUGAUAUUCCUGCUACCUUUGUUGGAAUAAUUAAUGACUGCAUUGUUGCGAACAAGGCUGUUGUCAUUGUCAAGGGUCUCGAUGAAUGGCCAAAUGAGUAUCAAAGACAGUAUGGUACCAUCGAUUUAUACUGGAUAGUGAGAGAUGGUGGUCUCAUGCUUCUACUCUCUCAGCUCCUCCUUACAAAAGAUAGCUUUGAAGGCUGUAAGAUACAGGUGUUCUGCAUUGCAGAGGAAGAUUCUGAUGCAGAGGGAUUGAAGGCUGAUGUAAAGAAGUUUCUUUAUGACCUCCGGAUGCAAGCUGAAGUUAUUGUCAUUUCCAUGAAGUCAUGGGAAGCCGAAGGGGAGCAGCAAGAAUCUGUUGAAGCAUUCAGUGCUGCACGACGGAGAGUUGCCAGUUACUUGGAAGAAAUGAAAGAGCAAGCACAGAGAGACCGGACUCCGUUGAUGGCUGAUGGAAAGCCUGUGUUUGUUGAAGAACAGCAAGUAGAGAAAUUCCUUUACACCACUCUAAAGCUGAACUUAAUGGUACAGAAAUACUCGAGAAUGGCUUCCGUCGUGCUCGUAAGCUUACCUCCUCCACCUCUCAAUCAUCCUGCAACCUUCUACAUGGAAUACAUGGAUCUGCUGGUUGAAAAUAUACCAAGACUCUUGAUUGUUCGUGGAUAUCAUAAAGAUGUUGUCACUUUAUUCACGUAGUUCUUGUUCAUGUACUUGUAUAAUUUUGUUGCUUUAGCUAAGAACUCCCAAUUUAUUUGCCUUUAACAUUUUCCUUUUUUUUUUUUACUGCCCUUCACAACCAAGAGGGGUAUACAAUUGUAUAAUUCUUUAUAUUAAGGGGCACACUGGACCAAAAUUUUGCUAGCGAUGAGAUCUCAAGUGGACUAUUUACUUAGACAA